GCUAGAUAUGCUGCAUUUGGCUUCAAUGCUAUCGUUGUAGAUGGCCAUAAUUUUGAGGAGCUUAUCAAUGCUUUGGAAACAGCGAGAAACACCAAAGACAAGCCGACCGCCAUCAUUGCAAAAACAUUCAAGGGACAAGGUAUCGAAGGUGUUGCUGACCAGUUAGACUGGCAUGGAAAACCAGUUCCUCUAGAUAAAGUUAAUGCAAUCAAAGCUCGUUUGCAUGGGAGCCAGAAAGGUAAAUUAGUUGCUAAGAAGCCAACUGAUGAUGCACCAAAAGUCGAUUUGCACAUUGGCUCUAUAAAAAUGGCUCCUCCUGAAUACAAGAAGGGCGAUAAAGUGGCUACAAGAGCUGCUUAUGGUACUGCUUUGGCUAAACUUGGCGAUGUUAAUCCUCGUGUUAUUGGCUUGGAUGGAGAUACAAAGAAUUCUACUUACUCUGAGAAGCUUCUUAAGAAACAUCCUGACCAAUUCAUUGAAUGCUUUAUUGCUGAGCAGAACCUCGUUGGCGUAGCAGUUGGUGCUCAAUGUAGGGAUAGAACGAUUCCUUUCACGAGCACAUUUGCUGCGUUCUUCACCCGAGCUUGCGACCAAAUUCGUAUGGCUGCUGUUUCCUUUGCAAACCUGAAAUGUGCUGGUUCACAUGUUGGCGUCUCAAUCGGUGAAGAUGGUCCGAGUCAAAUGGCUCUUGAGGAUUUGGCUUUGUUCCGAGCUGUUCCUGGAUCCACCGUAUUCUAUCCCACGGACGCAGUAUCGGCUGAAAGAGCUACGGAACUUGCAGCUAAUAUCAAAGGAAUUGUCUUCAUUCGUACUGGCCGUCCUGCUCUUCCUGUGCUUUACGAUAAUAACGAACCAUUUGCAGUUGGAAAGGCUAAGGCAUGCUUUUACAAUGAUCUGUGUCCGAUAGUGAAAAUGUCGCCUAAUGAUAAAAUUACUUUGAUUGGUGCUGGCGUCACAAUAUACGAGAUCAUGAAGGCUGCUGAUGAGCUGGAAAAACAGGGUGUGCAUUGUUGCAUUAUCGAUCCUUUCACUAUCAAGCCCUUGGAUGAGGCCACCAUUGUUGAACAUGCUAAGCGAACAGGUGGUAAAAUUAUCACUGUGGAGGACCACUACCCAGCCGGAGGAAUAGGAGAAGCAGUAUCUGCAUGUGUUUCUGAUCACGGGAUCCGCGUUCACUCGCUAUGCGUGCAAGACGUUCCUCGCUCCGGAAAGCCUGAGGAGCUUAUUGACCUAUUUGGCAUUUCUGCUCGUCACAUUGUUGAAGCAGUUAAAAAAUUCUGA